AUGAGUACAGUUCAAAGAGAUCCUUUUUUCGAUGACAAUGACACUACUGCGAUCGAGCAAGCUCCACCGGUUCCAGCCGCCCGAAGGAGUCUAUCGAAUGAAGGUCAACCAACGGAAACAAUCGAAGAUCCAGUGGAAAUUCCUCGUCCGCAAUCACCAGCUCCACCAGUGGAGCAACCGGUACCUAAACAACUAGAAUCAAUCAGUGAAGAAGUCUUAGAAACUAAAUCACCAUCGCGUCAUUCGUCAUUGUCAUCCUCGUCCUCAUCAACAUCAUUAUCGAUUCCGUUCGAACCCGAUGAAGAAAGUGAAGAAAAAGAAACGAAAACGGUUCCACCAGUUCGUUCAACUGCAGAUAUCGAUACUCAAACUGAUCAAGUUACAGUUCAAAACGAAUCCGUACAAACAGAAACACUUCCAGACGAAACCCUCGCUUCAAUCAAAACUCGCAAAGUUGCGAUUCUUCCUGAAUCAGAAGACCUUGAUAUACCUUUGGCUAAAGUUCUAUUUGAUCAGCCAAUUUCAUCAGCUUUACCAAUCAUCAGUUUUUGCCAUCCAUUCUCUAUGACGAGUCAUGCCACUGACGUUAUCCUAGCUAUGCCACGACAUUUAAUGAUCAUACAUAAUCAAAAUUCGAUUAGUGUUCAUCCAUGGCAACAACCAUUCGAUUCAACAUCGACAAUUCUCGAAGUAUUCUGGUGUCCAUUUCUGUACAAACUACUCGUUACAACCGUCGAAGAAAAUACUUUAUACAUUUAUGACUUCAUCUCGAUUAUCGAUACAAUUCGACUUCGUGGUUAUCCAUUAUCAAUUAAACAUCAAAGUUAUACUUCUCAACGCACAAAUUCUACGUAUUUAUUACCACCAUCACUACGUCACGAACCACUACCUGGUGUAUGGUCGAAAACGCGGUUUACCAAAUCGAAUUCCUUAGGAAUUUACUAUUGUUAUAUUAGUGAACGACAUUAUUCGUGUAUGUUGACUCGUAUCGACCAUAACACUAGACAACAUGUCAAAGCGAUUGACUGUUCAGGUGGAAGUUUAAAUAAUCACGCACGUGUUUGUGCUAUGGGUCUAUCAGAAGAUCGUGUCGCAGUUGUCUUAACUAAUCUUAUAAUGACAAUAUAUCAUGCAGAAACAUUAUUAGGUUUAAGACAAAUCAAUCUCUCGCGAUGGAGUGUCUAUAGUGUUCAAGGUGUUAGUGCAGUGGUCUAUUUAUGGAAAACGUGGCUUGUAUUUGAUCCGAUUGAAAAGAAAGUUGUUGGUAUCGCGAAACGUAAACGACAAUUUGCGCGAAUGUUACCUGAACCACCGACGAAUGCUUGUAUAAUGGAUAAUGGCACAUUGGCGUUGUGGUUGGGUUAUCCAGGUGCGCUUGUUUAUCAUCGUAUCGUCGAAUAA